AUGGCAGGUCGAAUCCGGGAGUACGGGUUCGGAAGGCGGCUCACCCAACGCCGAGAGUUCUGGAUCAUCCAUGCGCUGGUCAACAACCCCGACAAGACCGCGGAGGAGGCCGUCCAGGAACUCCUGCAGGAGCGCGACAGCCAGUUCCAGCAGGGGCGGAAUACCCACCGGCCCUACGUGCGGAACCGGCUCAACCAGCAGCAUGCAUUCCACACGAUGCAAUCGCUGUGCGAGCUCGCCUAUCUCCUCCCUCCCGACGAGCAGACCAAGCUGCUGGACCUGGUCAUGCAGCUGCAACGGACGGCGGUGCACGACUCGGCCGGGCGCGGCGGCAUCGUGAGAGUGGCGUUCGCCGACCGGAUGUGGACCGAUCUCCCCAGCCUCCGCGAAUACAUCAACCACCGGUACACGUUCGCCCCGCUGGACGUGUUCAAGGGGUUCCCCGCUUGCCGGUGUACGAGGAUGCAGAACCGCACGCCCUGCGGGGAUCACUGCCGGGACUAUCCACCGCAGGAGGUGCAGGAGUGGGAGAAUCGCAACUGCUUUAUCGCCCAGCUGACGAACGCCAUCCCGCGGCUCGGCCAUCGCAUGGACUUCUCCCGGUUGGGACUCCGGCUGUGCGCCCGCGCGUUCGAGAAUGCCGACGUCAACGCGCUGGAGGAAGAGGCGGUCCGCGCCGCUUGCUUCUGGAUCGCCCUGGCGGGGAAGCCCAUGUGGGAUACCUGCGUGGCCGGGGAUCAAGUGGAUGAGCCGGAGGCGGAGGAAUCCAAGGCUUUUGACCGGGCCCGCUGGUCCUCCUGGAAAAAUACGAUCAACUGCUUCGGGGUUCACUUGGUGCGGCGAAGUACACAGGCGCUGAUAAAAGAUGCUUUGGCGUCGAUGGACCAGGCGGAGCGUGGAUAA